GUUUCAAUUCUAGGCUGCCCUGAUCCCAAAGUUCAUGAAAUUGCAUACCAGUAUGGAAAAAACGUUGGCAUAGCUUUUCAGCUCAUAGAUGAUGUGCUGGAUUUUACAUCGUGUGCCGACCGUCUGGGGAAACCAGCAGCAGCAGAUCUCAAGCUUGGAUUAGCCACAGGUCCCGUCUUGUUUGCUUGUCGACAGUUUCCAGAAAUGAAUGCUAUGAUAAUGAGACGGUUCAGUAAGCCAGGAGACGUUGAACGUGCUCGGAAAUACGUGUUGCAGAGUGAUGGUGUGCAGCAAACAACCUACCUCGCGCAGCGCUACUGCCAUGAAGCUACCAGAGAGAUCAGCAAACUGCGGCCAUCCCCUGAAAGAGAAGCCCUCAUUCAGCUGACGGAAAUGGUACUCAUGCGAGACAAGUGAGAGCACUCCUUCCGCUCACAUUCUGGCAGCUACUUACCAGACUGUGCCUAAAUUUACUUCAAACAUUAUUUGCUUCCAACACAGGCUACCAAAAAUUAUUUUUUUAAAAAAAAACCUUUUUUUUUUUCUGGAAGUUCUACUUUUUUUUUUUAAAGAAAAGUUGAAAGUGUUUUAUCGGGGAAGCCAUACAAUUCAGAGCAAAUCAAAUUGUGCUGUACAAUUGUUUUAGUGGGGGCUAUUAAUUGGGGGGGGUGCGGAAGAUGUUUACGUGUUGAUGCACAAAGGCCACAAUGAGAAUAAAUAUAAGUCAGUGUAUGAGACCUG